UUGAUGAUUUCUUAUAUAGCUAUAAAAAAGGUACCAGAAAGAAGAGUCUUGGAUCUCUUCCGCAGGCGAUAUCAAGGAGAAUGGCCAGCGCCUGAUUGAAUCUUCUGUGGAAGACUGCAGCAGCUUCUCUAAAGUUGAAGAAAUCAGCGGCAGUGCACCAACUGAAGAAAACGAGCAAAGCGGCGAUGGAAAUGUGACACGAAAGGUCAAACAGGUC